AGGUUGCACCAUCAAUCGCGACUCUACCACCGCCUCCGGUGGCACCGCAGCUUAAUAUAGCCGUGGCUGUAAAAGGUGCUGAGCCAACUCGGCGGAUCGACCUCAGUGAUUACAAAUUACGGAAUAAUGCAGCGCAGCAACAGCAGCAGCCGAGCAAUUCACAAAAUUCUGCAGCGCAAGCUCAACGAAGAAAUUUCAUGCGACCUGAUGUACUACCACAGACCGUUGCUAAAGGACUGGAUUUAUCGCUUCCUCCAAUUAUUGCAAAUGGCAAGUUUGAUUGCAUGCAUCUCAAAAUGUAUUUUAUAAACUUUACGAUGUCAAAUAAACCCGAUCCAGUUAAGCCAAAUGAAGCCAAAGUUGUCCAAAUGUCAAAAUCUGGGACGCCAAAACCGACGACUUCGCAAAAACCAGCCAUCACGAAUGCUGUGAAACAGUUGCAACCUAUGAGACAGCCAGCGGGGGCCAUUGAACAAGAACGACAUAAAAAGCCCAAACUAGAUGAUUACGAUAAAGAUUUGAAGCACAGAAGAAUUGAGAAAACGAAUGCAGAAGGAUCACAUCACCGUAAGAGACUCUAUGAAAAUAGUGUAGCUGUUAAUCAACCGGAUAGCACUGUAACAGCAACGAGUGUGACACCAUCUCCAAAAUCUGGAACGCCCAAACCAGCAGAACGUCACAAUCCAGUAACUCCUUUAAAUCACAUGGCUUCUGGUGGCUGUAGCACGAUUUCGCGAUCACGCGAAGAAGCGGCUCCACAGCCACUUAAACGUGACAAUAAUGGCGCUGGUAACAACAAUAGAAGUCGUGAUGAAAGCGUAUCUUCGCGACAACGUGAUGAUGUGGGAUCGUUAAAAAGAGCACGACAAACGGCACCUUUGAUUGCUCUUCUACCAACACCACCUGCAUCAAAUACCGUUUCUGCAGUGAGCACGAAUUCACAAAAUUCAAAAUAUAACAUGUCGACAGUACAGCCGAAUCGUUCAAAUCAUAUUGGUGAAAGAACUAACACCUCUACGAAUUGGGCGGUGACAAAUGAUUAUUAUUUAGGCUCAUCUUCCAAUAAUGCAUCACGUUUUUCGCAGUCAUCUGGAUCAUCUAACCACAGGCAUUAUUCGUCGUCGAGUGUUGGGCGUACAAAGUCACGUGAACCUUUAUUAAGUACACCUGACACAGGAAACUCAUAUUAUAAGCGUUCCCGUCCGCGACCACAUUCGCCCACUACAUCAGCAACAUCGAAUACUUAUCGACAGUCACACCGUCAGCCGAGUCCUGGAAGUCGUACAGGAUCUGGUUAUUCAAGUUUCACACGGCGCUAUUAUUGUCAACGGUAUGUCUAUAAAAUAAAGCCGCGUCAAUCGUCACCAAAAUAUAGGUGUGGAGAAUGGAGAAGACGUUCCUGGCGUUCACACGAGUUUUACUCGUCUUAUGCCGACACAAAUUUAGCUAAUGCUUCAUCUGUUCUUGCUAAUUUUUCUUUGCCACCUCCACCUUUACCACCGCCAAACGAAGAACUUGAAGAUGGCGAAGUUUUAUAA